GGAAAAGCGAACCAACCACUACGAGGAUGACAUUUAUGAGAUCCGGGUCGCGCCUCCCUCAAAACCCUGAGUGUCACAGUAAAAACGUUUUAAUUUCAUCGGCUCAGGUAGUAAUUUAUUUCAGUGUCCAAGAUCACUGAAAGGCAAAACGGACCCUGCAAGACUCCAGUAUAACGACAUAAACUACAAUGGAUUAUUCAACCAAUGACAGCAAAUCAACCAGCAAGAAAAAAGUGGUGGCUGUGGUGGGAGGUGGUUUGGUCGGCGCCUUGAAUGCCUGCUACUUUGCAAAAAGAGGUUUUCAAGUAGAGGUCUUUGAAUCUCGAGAAGAUAUCCGCCAAGCCAAAAUAGUCAAGGGAAGAAGCAUCAAUCUAGCUCUAUCUCACAGGGGUCGCCAGGCAUUGAAACAAGUUGGAAUGGAAGACACGAUUGUCUCCAAAGGAAUCCCCAUGCAUUCCAGAAUGAUCCACUCUUUGAAUGGGACACAGUCCCCCAUUCCUUAUGGCAAGAAAGGCCAGUACAUCCUGUCUGUCGACAGAGCCAACCUCAACAAAGAACUGUUGUCAGCGGCAGAGACGUAUUCAACCACAAAGCUGAACUUCGCCCACAAACUACUCAACUGGAGCACUGAAACAGGGGCGAUGACCUUUCUCAGGGCUGAUGGUGCAAAGGAGGAGAUCCUGGCAGACUUGAUUGUGGGGUGCGAUGGAGCAUUCUCUGCCAUUCGGAAACAGUUCCUCCGUCAGAGCCGUUUCAACUUCAGUCAGACCUACAUCCCCCAUGGGUACCUGGAGCUCACCAUGCCCCCCAUCAAUGGAGAGUUUGCCAUGAAGCCUAAUUAUCUGCACAUAUGGCCACGCAACACAUUCAUGAUGAUUGCUCUGCCCAACCUGGACAAGACUUUCACCUGCACACUCUUCAUGCCGUUUGACGAGUUUGAAAAUGUCACCACGGGCGACCAGGUCACUGAGUUCUUCCAGAAAUACUUUCCCGACGCCAUCCCACUAAUAGGAGCGGAUGCUCUUGAGAGGGAUUAUUUCCGUCUACCAGCCCAGGCCAUGGUGUCCGUGAAGUGCUCUCCAUAUCACCUUAGUGAUAAGUGUGUCCUUAUGGGGGAUGCAGCCCACGCUGUGGUGCCUUUCUAUGGACAGGGGGUGAACGCGGGCUUUGAAGACUGCCUUGUUUUCAACGAAAUCAUGGACCAGCUCAACGAAGACUUCAGUGCUGUUCUGCCUGAGUACACUAGAGUCCGAGUCCCAGACGACCAUGCCAUCGCAGACCUGGCCAUGUACAACUACGUCGAAAUGCGGUCACAUGUCAAUUCCAAAUGGUUCCUGUUCCGAAAAUACGUAGACAAUUUCCUCCACAUUAUCAUGCCAAGGACAAUAAUCCCCUUAUAUACCAUGGUUACAUUUACUAGGACAAGGUACCACGAGGCAGUAAAACGCUGGCACUGGCAAGACAAAGUGAUCAACCAAGGCCUGUUAUGUGUGGCAGCAUCUGUUGUGGGGGGCUCCUACCUUCUCGUCAGAUACCCCCCUAACAUGCCAAACAUCUCCAUCGAGCAGCUGUGGACCAGGCUGCAGGCCCUCAAGAGUCCCUUCUGAGGUUUUGUGGGCUAAUACCACUUCGUCCCAGAUAGAGGGGUGAAAAGUGAGCUACAAACAACAGGGCUCAAACCCAACUGACCUCAAAACAGAUGGAAAAAUACAGUGUUCGUUCUGUGACCCAAUUACCAAUGUAAUUGUUUCAUAAUGUACUUAAUAAACAUUUUAUUGACUGUAAUUGAAGGCCUGUGGGGCACAUUUUGUGUUCAUGUACAGGUAACUGGCAAAAUAAAGGAAACACCAACAUAGUGUUUUAACAGGGCGUUAGGCCACCGCGAGCCGCCAGAACAGCUUCAAUAUACCUUGGCAUAAUCUACAAGUGUCUGGAACACUAUUGGAGGGAUGCGACACCAUUCUUCGACAAGAAAUUGCAUAAUUUUGUGUUUUGUUGAUGGUGGUGAAAAAACAUUGUCUCCCAGAAUCAAUUGUUCAAUUGGGUUGAGAUCUAGUGACUAAAACACAAACACACACACACUUUAAACCCCCUAUGCUACUUUGAUACCCCUCUUUCAAAGUUAAUGAGAUCUCUUCUUCUAACCAUGGUAACCAAAAUAAUGGGCAACUGGGCAUUUUUAUACAUAACCCUAAGCAUAAUGAGCUGUUAAUUUUUUUAUUAACUCAGUAACCAUACCUGUGUGGAAAGCACCUACUUUAAAAAUACUUUGUGCCCCUCAUUUACGCAAGUGUUAUUAAUCAUUAUUAACCAACAUCCAACUCGUGUCAGUCACGUUGCAGUAAUUAAACAUUCCAAAUAGUUUGUGGCGUAUUAUUGUCCCAGUUUCAUGUGAGGUCAACAUGCCAGAAAAUAACUUAAGGGGCUUUUUUUGUGGGUGUGUUGAAUCAAACAUAAAUACAGUAAAUAACGUUCUAAUCUUCGAUGCCAGUACGUUAAAACCACAAUACUAUUUUUUGAUUGAGGUUGCACCUGCAAGGAUAUGAGCAAAAAUAAGUUACUCUGGUCUUAAUGCUGUGCCAUGAUCACAAUGUUACUGCUCAACAAUGCAACUGUAGUAGUCAUAGCUGCAUGACCUGUGUUGACAACUAAUGAUUUAUCAUUAAAGUUAUAAACAUUAUUAACACAA